AUGGAGAACAUGAUGCAGGGCAAUAAGAUCAGACGAGUUGCAGCUACUCGCAUGAAUGAGAGGUCAUCUCGAUCACACACGAUUUUCCGGAUUAUUCUGGAGUCGAAAGAUGCCAAUCAGAAAGAUGGACCUGUACAUAUAAGCUACCUUAACUUAAUGGACUUAGCUGGUUCUGAGAGAGUUUCUCUGACGAAAGCUGCUGGUGAGCGUCUUAAAGAGGGGGCUAACAUAAACAAAUCUUUGUCAGUAUUAGGAAAUGUGAUAAGGCAACUAAGCGAGGGGAAGGAGUUUAUCAGUUAUCGCGAUUCGAAAUUGACUAGACUGCUCUCACAGGCUCUUGGCGGUAAUGCCAAAUCAUUGAUUAUCGGGAAUAUCAGACCAAUGAUCCACCGCGAAGUAGCCGAUGGUCUAGAGCGUCUUUGGAACGUAAGAGUAAACUGCAUAUGGGAAGCCGAUGAAAGUAGUCGCCAUGGAGAGGUUUAUAUAUUCGACCAUGUAUUUAAGCAGGAAUGUACAAAUUCAGAUGUAUAUGGAUCUGUAGUAAAACCUUUAGUCGAUUCCUUCAUGGAAGGUUUCAAUGCCACAAUAUUUGCAUAUGGCCAAACAUCUUCUGGCAAAACACACACCAUUUUGGGCAAUAAAACAGAUCCUGGGCUUUUCCAAUUAGUAUCCAAUCAGUUAUUCCAGCAUGUGGCAGACCAGGUUGAUAAGAGGUACUUGAUUAGAUGCAGUUAUAUUGAAAUCUACAAUGAAAAGAUCAAUGACCUCCUGGAUAAGAGCAAUCAGGGUUUAACUAUAAGAGAAGAUAUCAAAGGAAAUGUGCUGCUUGAUGCAAGGGAAGCUGUCGUAGACAAUGUUGAUAAAGUUAUGGAGAACAUGAUGCAGGGCAAUAAGAUCAGACGAGUUGCAGCUACUCGCAUGAAUGAGAGGUCAUCUCGAUCACACACGAUUUUCCGGAUUAUUCUGGAGUCGAAAGAUGCCAAUCAGAAAGAUGGACCUGUACAUAUAAGCUACCUUAACUUAAUGGACUUAGCUGGUUCUGAGAGAGUUUCUCUGACGAAAGCUGCUGGUGAGCGUCUUAAAGAGGGGGCUAACAUAAACAAAUCUUUGUCAGUAUUAGGAAAUGUGAUAAGGCAACUAAGCGAGGGGAAGGAGUUUAUCAGUUAUCGCGAUUCGAAAUUGACUAGACUGCUCUCACAGGCUCUUGGCGGUAAUGCCCAAAUCAUUGAUUAUCGGGAAUGUUACUUUAGCUGCAGAGGAGGAGACUAG